AUGGUCUAUUGUGGUAAGGCCUCCCAGGGCUGCCAGAAUUGCCGAACCCGUCGCAUCAAGUGCGACAAAGUGAAACCCGAAUGCUCACAAUGCAUCCGCGUGGGCAAAAGAUGCCCUGGCUACCGAGACCAACUCUCGCUUAUGUUCCGCGAUGAAAGCACCAAAGUUAUCAAGAAAGCUCAUGCCCAAUGGGGUGUUUCUGAGAGCCCCGGGAAUGGUCUCAUUCAGGCUUCCGCAUCAAAUGCUCCAUCGCCGCCUGCUUCGUCACCAGCUCACAGCCGGAAGAGUACGCCCAACAGCGUGAGGGCCGCAUCACGACCGGGCGCCGUAGCCGCACUUUCGCCAGCCUCAAGCGUCGCAUCGUUCUCGUCUCCUUCGUCAACACACCACUCGGCAGGAUCUUCGUCCCCAAUUCUGCUCCCGGUAGUCAAGCAAGAAAACCGCGAGUCGAGUCCGCCAACUUUGCACAUCGGUCCCACCCUGGAGGAGCAAGGCGUACAGUUCUAUGUCAAUCGGUACCUCAUAGGCCACCCUGACGAACCGAAAUCCGGCCAAGACCUGGCCGCGGAAGGUUGGAUAUGGCACCCAGCAGUUCAGGACGUUAUGUGUGCUGUAGGGCUGGCCGGGCUGUACAACUUGACUGGCAACAUGGAAAUGAUGGCUACCGCACGAGAGAAGUACGGCUCGGCACUUCGAGAAACCGGAAAGCUUAUUCGACCUCCACACACUCCCAGUAUAGAUGUGACGAUGAGAGCCGUCGUCGCGCUGGCCAUGUUUGAGGUUGUCAAAGGAAGCCACCAUUCCACCGGCACCGUUCACGCCCACGUCAUGGGGGGAGCGGCUUUGAUGAGAAGUUGGUGUCCUAUGCCCAGCGCGCCCUUUGCAGGCUUCAGAGCACUGCUGCAGCUGUGCUAUUCGAUGUAUAUACCUCUUCACGUUGCGGGCAUGCCGAUGCCCCCAGAUUUUUACGAUUGGGUGUCGUACGGCUCGCAACUCCAGUUGCCUAUCGACCGACCGUCCACCGACCUGGCAGUUUUGAUUGCUCGCUUUGUCGAGACUUCGUCAAUAAUCCAUCGCCAUGUUAUCAGUGAUGGAAACCCAAAAACUGCCAGCGUGUUGCAACAAUUACUUGAUCUCGAGUCCGACUUGGCAUCAUGGGAGGCUGGGCUGGAAGGAGAUUGGAUAUACGAGACCAUCAACGCUACUCAUCUCCCACCAAAUGCGGUUUUCGAGGGCGAAUAUCAUAAAUACCAUGACGUCUGGACAGCUCGCAUCUGGAACUACUACCGAUGGGCGCGAGUUCUGGUGAACCAGAACCUGCUGGAUUUGACGAACAAAAGCCCAGUCUCCAGUCUAUCACUAGUGUCGGCGGCCGCGCGCGACCAUUACCUUGCGACUAUUCGGAGGCUGGCAAGGGACACGCUUGUGAGCGCGCCGACGCACUGGCGACAUCCGGCUCUCGAUGGGCCGGCGCAGAUAACAGUAGAAAGCCCCGGUGGUGGCGGAGCCGGAUCAGCAGGACUGCCGGCAUUGCUGUUUCAUUUAAAGGUAGCGGGAUGCGCUCCUGGAGUUCCGAAACAAUACUGGGAAUGGGCUUUGGGCGUCAUUCAGACGAUCUGGGGUGACAUGGGCAUGCUGCACGCGCGAUCCAUGAUGGAGGCUAUGCGGGCGCACGAGGACACUGUGCUCAGGUCCGGUGCAGCUGGAAUUUUGGCAUACGACUGGUAA